UAUAAAAGAGGAAGCACUUAAUUUCAUAGUGUAUUUGUCAGGAAGACGUGAGACCUGAAACAAGGCAUAAAACACGACGCACAGCAAAAAAUGGCAACUCGCCCAAAGAAACGAGGUGGAAAUUCAACGGAUGAGAUUAGACGCCAAGCAAGCAGAAGAGACAGUUUGCCAAACUCCAACCUUUCCAAGCACUUGAAAAAUGCAGUGGAAAGUUUGAGAAUGAAGAUGGGUGACAUCUCCAAAGCAGCAGAGAAGGUUAACAAGAUCAUAGAGUUAAUUAUCAAGUCUGAGUCUACUAAAAGCCACCCUCUAUUUAAGAGCAUGAAAAAAAUGUCAACAGGGAGUUACUACGAAGGCUUAAAGAACUGCAUUGGAUGUAAGGAUGCUGAGGAACAGUCCACAGUGGGAGCAUUGGGAAGCCCCAUCUACCGGAGGAGUGGAGUACCAGGUGAUGAAACCGCUUUUCUGUCUCUAGAUGGAACUAAGCACUUAUGCAGAGGGUUGUUGGGUUAUGUGAAGUAAGGUUUAAAGCUAUAA